AUGCUUGAGUGGCGAGAAGUCUCUUUCCCUUUUCGCAGGGGGACAAAAAAGGGCAUCUCCCGAGUUGUCUUCGCUCCGGCGGGGCGGAAGAGAGACGCGUAUGCAGUUCAGAGCCUGCUGGACGGGCGCUCGCCUCCAGGCUCUGUGAGGGGAGACGGGCGCUUGGGGGGGCAAGAUGAAGAGACAGGCGACUGCGCCAGGGAAGAGCGUGCAAGGCCCAGUGCGCACGAGUACCUGUGCAUCUUGGUCGCCGAAGAGAGGACAAGAAAGGCACACAAGGCGCGAGAAGAGCCGGAAACGCGGGAAAAAGGAGAUGAAGAAACAGAAGACUCCGACAAACCCGAAAACAGACAAGACCAACGGAACGAGGACAUCGCUCUCCCCGCUGUGGAGCUCUUCGACAUCAAACAUGGAGUCACGCUGAAGUGGCGAAUGACAGCCCCCCUGCUCCCAAGUGCGCCGACAUGCGCAGCUUUCUCGCCCGAAGCGUCUCUGCUGGCUGUCGGAUGUGAGUGCGGCUCGAUUCUCCUCUUUGUGUCUUCUUCCGGAGAGUGUCUCUCGAGACGCAUCUCUUCCCACAGAGCGGAGACGCACUCGCCUCUCCACAGAGCCCUCGGCGUCUCCCAGGGGAACCUCGCCUGCGGAGCUCUGCCGGGGACGAGCGGCGAGAGACAUCUCGCCUCGGAGGCCGGGCGAGGCGAGGGGCCAGAGUGCGGAGACAGUUCCGGCGACGAGGAAGAGUCUCUGAUGUUUUCCGACGUCGAGCGAGGCUCCAAGGCUUCUCAGCACUCUGCGCCGAUUGUGUCUCUUCACUGGAUCGACACGUCAUCUUGGGCAAGAGGCGAAGACAGCGAAGAGAUGAGACACGUCCUCGAGGCCGCUGUCGCCUCUCACGCGCCUCAGCCUCUUGCUUUCGUCGACUGCCGUCCCGCCGCGCCUCCUUCCCCUCCAUUUUCUUCCAUUGCUUCUUCUCGUUUGUCCUUUGUUCUGACCGAGCUGAAGCCUCCAGUGUUGCGGUUUCCCGGGGCGUUCUUGUCGCUGUUUUCCCUCGACGCAGCAGGCGUCGGAUGUUUCUCUUUGGAGGGGCGAUUUCCCCUCUUUCGCGUUCCGCUUCUCUCUUCGUUUCAUCUCCUCGCGGAGGCGUCGCCUGCGCUCGCCACAGCUCUCUCAGCUUCUCCGCCUUCUUCAGCCCCUCACGGGGAUGGCCUCUCGCCGCUUCCACCGCUGAGAGCCCGCGAGGCAGGCUCGGACGCUUCGGCGCUCCGGGGAGACGCGCCGGACGAGGCCCGACGCGACUGUUGCCUGCCUCGCGCUUUGCCUUCCGCGUCUCCUUUCCAGGGUGCUGCUCCAGCAAGUCCCACCUUCGUGUCCCUCCCAAGCGCCGCAUGUGUCCAGGCGAGUUCUUCCUCCGCGGCUCUGCAUGCGCUCGGCGCGCGACGCUCUUCGGCUUCCGGCGUGCCGCCCUCGGAAGGCCCACGCAGAUCCUCCCCGCGUCUUCGAGACCGCAAGGCUUCAGCUCGAGAAGAGACGGACGCGCGAGAAUGCGACGGCGGGACACAGAGAGAAGAGAAGGAGGAAUCUCCGCUUCAGAACUUCGAGAAGAAUCAGGGGGGUUGGCGUGGACUCGCGAGAGACGCAAGGAAGCGGCAAAACGCGAGACGGGUCAAGGCAAGAGAGGCCUUUCCGGGAGCGGAGAAUCAGGCUCCUGGCGAAUGCGAAGGCCGGUGGGGACGGUCGGAAGGGAGCGGGAGCGAAGGCGCAGCGGAGAGAGAAGAUGCUGCGAAGGAGGUCGGCUGGGGUUCUCGAGGAAGAGAGAAACUUGGGUUGACCGAGGAGAGCCGAAGGUUGAAAGAGGAGAGACCAGGAUUCGACGAGGAGAGACAAAGCUGGGAAGCGGAACACGAGGACUGCGAGGAGGGAGUCCAGUGGGUUCUCGUGCACGCAGCGUGCGAGCAGGAGAAUCGCGUGCGCAGGCGGCGCCUUCUGGCGAUCAAGGGGAGUGAAAAUGCGCCGGCUAAGGCAGCCGAGGAAGAGAAAUCUCCCGAAGAAGAGAAGACAGAAGAAGCGAAGGCACGGAAAUCGCGGACGCGGAGGCUGCACACAGAGGGCGAGGCGACGCGAGGGACGGAGUGUCUUCGAGGCUGCGUGGCAGAGAAAAACGAGACGAUGGACUGGGAGGACAGCGAAGCGAAAUCCCGCAGACGUGAGACUGGACGUCUCUGGGGUGUACAGACAGCAGCGCUCUCCCCGAAUUUGUCAUCUCUCGCGUUGGUUCUCUGGACAACGCCCCUGUUUUCCGCAUGCGCGUCGUCGCACGUCUGUGAGAAGGAAACGCUCGUUUUCCCCCGGUUUUCUCCGUCGUCUCUGUCUGUCGCUUCUGGAUUGCCGAAGUCGUCUCCGGCGUUGCCUUCCCGGCGGCCGUGCUCGGCCCCAGGGUGUCUCUCCCAGGCAUCGCAUCGCUCCCAGCCGUCUCCGUCGUCUUUGUCAGGGGCAUCGGCCAGUUUGGGUGCGUCGCUCUUUCCCCCGGUUGCUCGCCUGCCUGGACCAAGAAGGCCCAGUCGCGUGGAGCCGCUCGAGCCCCCGCCGGCGUCGCCCAAGACGGCGCAGGGAGGCCGAAAAAAGAUCAAGACACCGCAGGGAAUGCUCUUGCCUAGCGGCUUCCCACCGCUCUCGGCGACUGUCCUUCGUGCGGGGCCGCAGCCCCGAUCGCCUGUCUCCUCGCGGUCGCCGGUCUGUCUCCUUGCGCCGCGCGAGGUGGGAGGAGACAGGGGCGUGCCAUCGGAGAGGCGCAUGCAGCUGGAGACAGAGGGCGCGUCUGAGCCUGGAGACAGGUGCUUGGAAGACGGAUGCUGUGAAGGCGAUGGACCUCCAGGGUUCACCUCUCUCGACUGCGCAGGCCUCUUGCGGCGCCAUUCAGAAACGGCCAAGACAGAGGCGAAAGAGAACAAGGAGGGAGAGAAAACGGAGAGAGAGGCAGAGAGGGGACGGAGUGAGAAUUCGUAUGCGGAUAGUAAUUUGGCUGUGGAAGUAGGCAAAGGAACCGGCGAAGCAGUCUCCGGGCCGAUGUGGAUGCUCCGGGAGAGCGACGCCGCCAGCCGUGGUCGAGCCUCUCAGCGCACCGCUCUCUCCGCUUCUCACUCUUCGUGCGGGGCGCCGUCUUUCGCUUUUUUCCCCUCCUCUUCCUCUUCUUCCUCUGGCGCUUUGCAGAUGUCUCCGUGUGCAAAGAGGCUCGUCUCUGAGGCUUUCGUGGGGGAGGGCGAGGAAGCAGCCAUGGAGACGCACUGCGCCGAGCGUUCACCGCCCCAGCAGCGUCGCUUCAAGAAGCAUCGACGGCACGCCGACAGACCUCUGUCUUCUCUUUCUUCGCCUGCGCCGUCUCCGUCCGCUUCGGCUUUUUGCGUCGCGGAGGCCAGCGCGUUCACACGGGCGUUCUCAUGUGGAGAGCACAGAGCGCGGGAGGAGGGAGACAGGCAACUGACGGGAGAGAGGGAACAGGCUGGACGACUCCUGCGCGAGACUGGGCGAGCACUCGAGGAGACAGCCAGCCAGAAGGCGGACAAUGCAGCCGCAGAGAGACGAGACCUCUGGCCGCGUUCUCGCCUUUCUUUGAACGCACAAGAAAAUGCUCACGAGCGGCAAGGAGAGCAAGAGACCGAAGCCGAAGAGAGAAGAAAAGAAGGAAGAGAAGAACGACCGUUCCGUCCAGGGUAUUUUGUUGACAUGCAGCUUCUUGGCGGUCUCGUGUCCCAACAAUGGCGGGGAGGCGUUUCCGGAAAAGACGACAGAGAAGAGGGAGAAGCUGGGGAAGAAGAGAGAGAGAGCGACACUGAACAGAGCGGGCGGAUGGGCAGUCAGCCCGACAGACGCGCGGGGUUGUGCUGCAUCGGAGACGCAACGUGCGAUCGUUCAGUCGCUGCUGUCUUCGAUUUGACACAGCUCGCUUUCCACGGGAGACGCGCGGCGCAUAGUCUCCAUAUGCUUGCAGCGGCACAGGGAGACUUGCUUUUCGUUGUCGAGGCCCUUCGGCGCCUGACGUCGCUCUGGGUGUGUUUUUCGACGCCCUUCGCGCGCCUGCUCGGGUGUAUGUACGCCGCGACCUCUCCUGGCGUUUCCGCCUCCCUGUCCGGGAGUCGGGUGUCUUUUCCUAAACAAAGAAAGGCCGUUUUUCCAAGCGGCGCUGCGCGAUCGGAGGAUGGCAGGAAAUUGGACGACACUGUGGAGACUGAGGAGACGGACUCGGACGGAACGACCAAGAGCGAGACGGCGGGGACGGAGACGUUUUCAGAAGACGCACAGAUGAUGGACGUCGACGAAGAAGUGCAGCUGGAUCAGGACGAAGGCGCGAGGGCUUUGACCGACGGCGCAGAGAGCACAGAACGCUCGGCGUGCGUGGAGGCGAGGAAUCGAGGCUGCCAUGCACGUGUUUCGAUCCAGGAGCGAGACAGAUGCUUCAGACAGCACAUCGCGUUCUCCAUUGCUCUUGGUUAUCCGACCUCGGCAGUGGUGGAUGCACUCGCACGGCUGUGUGUCGACGUGGAGAACGCGGGAGAGAAGAAAGAGAACGAAAACGAGAGGAGACAGGACCAGGCAGCUCGGCACGCCCGCAAAGCGGGACAGCAACUCUCCGAGGCCGUUACACUGCUCCUCCCAGCGGUCGACGCCACCUUGCUCCCCGCUGUUCGCCGAGCUCAGCUUCUCCUUCGGGCCGCGCGACGCUUCGCUCACAUGCAACGGCCCCAGCCGCCCUGUUCGUCCUCUUCUUUCGCUUUCUCUCCGCCCCGGUCGUCCUCGCCUGGCGACAACCGCGAGGCGUCGACAGGCUUAUAUUCGGACACGCACGCCUCUGCACGUGGAAAGAAAGACACGAGCGGGAGACCGACCCCGUUUCUGUCUUUCCUGCUGCAAGCUGUCGCGCGACUGGAGACUCUUGAGAACAGGAUAUGUUCUCUUCGAGUCCGUCUGCAAAAGGGAGUAGCUUGUCAGGUCGCGCUAACGCGAUGGAUAGCCGCUCUCCUUCCUCACCUCAUUUUGCCCGAGUCCUCCUCUCCAUCCGCGUCUUCUCCGUCUUCGUCUUCUUUUCCUUCUGCCUCGUACUGCUGCCUGGAUCGUCUGUGUUCUAGUGUACCUCUCUUCUCUUCCUCAGUUUGCGACGCGUCGGUUUGCUGUUCUCUCGGCCAGAUCGACCGUUUCCUCGGCUGCAUGCCAGCCACCCCCAGCGAGUGUUCGCUUCUCUCGCUCGCGGUCGCGACCCUCGCCGACAUGCGCGCAGCCUGGCGCAGUGGGCAACACGACGUCGAUCUCGCCCCUCUAAGCGACGCUCUCUCUUCUUCCUCCCUCUCUGCUUCGUCGGUUUGCUCUUGUCUUUUGCCUCUUUCCUCUCUCGCCCUUCUGCCGCAUGCCUGUCGCCGUUCGCGCGUCUCGCUCUUGCACUUGGCCGCGCCUCCGCCGUCAGCCGGUGUCUCCGGGCACCGAGAGCGAACUGUCUCCUCAGAAGAGACAGAGAACGGAGACGCCUUCGCCGUGUCCUGGAUCGCCGCCGAACCGUCCCCCGACGCAGUGCAGAUUAUCCCUCGAUCUGAAGACGAGAGUCUCAAGACGUGUUUUUCCACGUCUUCUGAAUCUUCUCCUACAUCUCCUUCUUCCGAUUCUUCUCCUUCUUCCGCUUCUUCUCCUUCUUCCGCUUCUUCUCCUUCUUCUUCCGCUUCUUCUUCUCCUUCCGCUUCUUCUUGCUCGUUCCGUCUCGGCGUGGAUGCGACGCCGCGUCUCGGCUUCGGCUCUGCUCCCUGUUGGGUGCACCACUGCGUGCUCCGCCCCUGCUGGCCGCCGUCGCCCUUCUCGAGGAACCCGAGGCGCGUGUCUCCUCCCGUCCACUCGCUGGUGAGUGCGCCACGCGUGAAGGCGAUGCUCCUGGCUCUGCCUGCCUCGGCCUUUUCCUCGUGGAAGAAUUGGCCCGCCUCGCCGUCUGCGUUCUCGCCACUCUCUUUUUCGUCGCCCGCCGCCGCUCUGGGGCGAGUCUUCUCCCCAGGGGGGGGGCAUGCAUUCCCUUCGCGAGGUUGGAGAGGGCGACCUUCUCUCUCCGUCUCUCCGGCCUUCUGGAGCAAAAACGUUGAGAGCGAGCGAGGGCGGCUCUCAGCGACGCGCCGCAAGGAAGGAAGCGCAGGCGGAAACGGGCGAGUGCAUGCGGAAAACGCCGAGGAGCUUUUUGCUGCAAAAGCUUGCGACGUCUUCCUUCUGUCCGAAAAGGAAAUCUGCGUGGUCGGCGAAGUCCGGCGAGCACCAGCGGUCUUGCUGCUUCAGCUUGAAGAAACAGCGGCGCUCAAGGACAAGCGUUUCGGCUCAAGACAGACGCGCUGGCCUUUGCAGGACCACAGGGACGACAGACUACGCGACCGCGAGGACAUAGAGAGACGCGCGGCGAGCGAGAAGAGACAACGCUGCUCCGAGGGAACGGCGUUCAGCAGCGGAGUGGAAUGCGGAGACAGAGGAGACACUGGAGCAAAGCAAGAGUACCGAGCGAUGGCCUCUUUUCAGCUUCUCAGAGGGUUUAAGGGCGCGCCCGAGGAACGAGAGAAGGCGGACGAGGCGGAGAGCGCGAACGAGGAAGACCUCGAGCUCGCGGCGAGCCUCGACACGCGGAAAGCUGCGGUCUCGUCGCUUCGUCGCGGAAGAUUUUGCUUCCUUCUCCUGAAGCCGUCUUAA